AUGGGUUCGGACCAGCUUUUGUUGGAUGGAUCCACCCAUUCCCAGAAGACGGCCCUCUCCAUUUACAUGUUACGGGUCUAUAAACUGGCCAAGAGUUUAGUCAUCGCUCUAGUUUUGGUGUUCUUGCUAUGGUUUUUAUUGAUAAAUUUUGGGCCAAAGAGGAAGAAAACAAAAGAAAAUGAUGACAUAAUUCAGAGGCAAUUGAUGGAGGUACCAAAAGAUGUAAGCGCAAUAAUUUGGGAUAAACAUUUUUCUUCUAGACAUUUGAUGGUUAUAUCAAUAUAUAUGUCGCAAAUGACAUCCCUGUGGAUGAAGGGGUCAAUACGUUCAAGAAUUGUCCAGUCAGCAACUGCUUGAUACAUAGGAACGGUAAGAGAUUUUCUUAAGAAUGUUUCAAAUUUUGUUCUCCAAAGGUUUAGGAAUCUUGAUUUGUAAAAUUUUUGCUAUCUUUUCGUUGUAAGAAUCACUCCCUUUGUAGCCGCAGCAUAUCCCAAAGCAAACGCCGUAAUAUUGACAUCUAAAUCCAAAUUGCCCGGAGACAAGACGUCUGGUCAAGUCUGGAUUCUAAGUUUAAUGGAGAGCCCGCUGAAUACGCAAGGAUUGGCAGAGCUCAAUGGAAAGGUAGGCACAUUGUGCUGGAUAUUGUUUACUUUUAGGUAAACUUCACCGCUUCUUAUCGAUAUGACAGUGAUUUCCCCACUCCAUACGACUAUAUCCGGCAAAGCAAAAAACCGUUGGCUCAGUCUCGCCUUAACUUAACAGCGGGUGAGUGUACACAUGUACUAGUUUCUUGCAAAUGUUAUUAGGAAGAACUUUCACUUUUCAUACGGCGCAUAUAAGGAAAAAAGUCAUUAUUUCCGCCGUAUCUUGACUGCAAAGACCUUUAAAUGGGAGUUAUAGUAUAUAGAAAGCGCCGGCUAAAUUUUCCAAGGAUGACUAAUACUAUUUAUUAUCCCAUUUACGUGUUAUAAUUUACACUAUGGAUUGCAGAGAAAACAAAGAAAGUUUUGUGGCUGGUCUCCAAUUGUUUUACUCCAAGCCGCCGAGAUCUUAUUGCCGAUGCCUUGGGGCAAUACAUUCAGGUUGAUAUCAAAGGAGAGUGUGGCGAUGGAAGGGUUGGAGUGGAAGAGGGAUUCCGAUUAAUGAGAGAGGAAUACAAGUUUUAUUUGGCGUUCGAGAACUCACAAUGUAAAGAUUAUGUGACCGAAAAGAUGUUCAAUGCACUGAGGUGAGUGGCUUCAGAAGUUUGUUUCAUUUUUUUUUGAUAUGCUGUAGCUUACUGUAAAAUUAUUAUUAUUUUCUUCAAUACUGUUUAGGGUCUGCAACACUUAUUUUUUCAGAAACAACAUUUUGCCAAUUGUUUAUGGAGAAGAUAGAAAAUUCUACGAACAAAUCGCUCCUCCCAAGUCCUUUAUCCAUGUCGACGACUUUGACAACGUGAAAAAGAUGGCAGAGUAAGUUUCGGAAUUUUUGAUUACUAAUUUUGUUUCCCUCGGCUUACACUUGCUACUUCUAGAUACCUAAUCUACUUGGACAAAACUCCCUCUGCUUACAAUGAGUACUUUGAAUGGAAGAGUAAUUUCUAUCUCUCCGACUCAAAGUUUUAUUGUCGCCUUUGCUCGGCGCUGCAACGGCCAAAACACAAAAUCUACAAGGAUCUGGAGAGCUGGUGGAAUGGCCAGAAAGAUUGUAAAAUCAGCUCUGAACCAAGGAUCUAG